AUGCCUGCGGCCUCCGGGCUCCGACCCCGCGCCAGCCCGCCCAGCCGGUCCCCAGACCCGGCCCUUGACUCACCGCUCUCCACCUCGCUGCCUUUCUUGGCGGUCGCCGCGUUCCCCAUGACUGGGGCGACGGGAGGAAGGGAAUGCGGGCGGGAAGACUGGGCGGAUUCUGAAGCCAGGACUUCAGCGAACUCAGCCCCGGCUGCCACGGCGGUGGCGGUGGCGGUGGCUGUAGCGGUGGCGGUGGCGGCGGCGGGCAGACACUCCCCCUUCCCCCGCCCCUUCCCCCCCCUGCGCGCCCCCGGGCAGUCGCGCACCCGGGCCCGGGACCCUGUCCCUCUUCACCCGCGGGCGCGCGCGCCGGAAGUGACGUGCCGGCCUGGGACGCGGGCGGCGGGCUGA